AUGUUGCGGACCUCGAUUUUGCGAGCCGCCCGGCUGCCUCGUGCAGCCUGCGCCUCGAGCGCCUCAAUCGUUGCCAGCCUCCGCUCGACGGCCGUGCGUUCUGCGGGCCUGACCCAAACUGCUGCUUUCCAGGGCCGUGUCGUACCGGCGCCGUCCCUUGUUGCUCGGUUCGGCCGCGGUUACUCCACCAGCAACGCGACUGCCGAUGCCACGGCAGACGAGACCCAAGAGGACAAGGGCGAGUCGGGCCUGGUCACCAAAUUCUCGGACCUGGAGAGAGUCGGUGUUCACAAGAACCUGGUUCGUUCGCUGACCCAGGGCUUGGGCUACGAGACUAUGACGAGCGUUCAGUCUAUGGCGAUGGAGCCUGCUCUUAUUGGCAAGGACAUUGUUGCACAGGCCAAGACCGGCACAGGAAAGACACUUGCCUUCCUCAUUCCCGUUAUCCAGCGAAUGAUUGACAACAACUCCGACCUCGCACAUCCCGGCCGCAACCGCCCCACCGCCAGCGACAUCCGUGCGAUUGUCAUGUCGCCGACUCGUGAGCUGGCAGAGCAAAUUGGUGCGGAGGCCCGCAAGCUCAUCCGAGGUACGGGCAUUAUAGUGCAGACGGCCGUUGGUGGUACUCAGCGGAAUGCCAUGUUGCAAAAGACAAGAAGAGAGGGCUGCCACUUGCUUGUGGCGACACCGGGCCGUCUGAAUGACCUGCUGUCUUCGGAAGACAGUGGCAUCGGCGCGCCCCAGCUGGAGGCGCUGGUACUGGACGAAGCGGACCGCAUGCUGGACGUGGGCUUCGAGCGUGAGCUGCGCCAGAUUCUACGAUACCUGCCGGACCGCAGAAACGUGCCGCGGCAGACACUGCUGUUCUCGGCGACGGUGCCGAAGAAUGUGGUGUCGCUGGCGCGCACGUAUGUCGACGCGUCGAACUUCCAGUUUGUGCAGACCAUCAAGCCCGAGGACGUGCUGACGCACCAAAAGGUGCCGCAGCACAUCCUCCCGGUACGUGGCUACGAGAACAUGUACCCGACGCUGCUGGAGCUGAUUGAGCGGGAGAUGGAAGCUGCCAACACGCCGGGUAGCGACCGGAUGCCGUUUAAGGCCCUUGUCUUCUUGUCGACGACCAGCAUGGUGCAGCUGACGCAGGAUGUGUUCUACACUCUGAGUCAUGGAAAGGUGAAGCUGCCGAGACAGUACCACAUCCACUCCAAGCUAACGCAGCGCGCGCGCACGGAUGCCGCCGACCAAUUCCGCAAUGCGCGGAGCGCGAUCUUGUUCUCGUCGGACGUAACGGCGCGUGGCAUGGACUUCCCCAAUGUGACCCACGUGAUUCAGGUCGGCGUCCCGCCCGACCGGGAGCAAUACAUCCACCGCCUCGGCCGCACGGGCCGUGCUGACAAGGGUGGCCAGGGCUGGCUUAUUAUUGCCGAAAACGAGAUUACGGUGGCGCGCCAAAUGCUGACGGACCUGCCCAUUCAGCGCGUGUCCGGAUUUGAUUGUGCAAGCUACGACAUGACUGAUUACCACGCCAAGAAUGGUGAGAAUGGCGAGAGCAUUGAGGAUCGUCCGCGACAGAUCGACGUGGUUGCACAGACGAUGAAGUCGACGCCUGGGAGCCUUCUCGUGGAUGCGUACUUGUCGUAUUUAGGCGGCGCCAGCUCUGGACGAAACGUGCAGACAACGUGUGACAACCUCAAUGACUGGGUGUACAAUGGCUGGGGCUGGAAAGAGCCGCCAGCAAUUUCGUCAUUUAUUGCGACAAAGCGGGGCCUACAUCGGGUGCGCGGCUUGAAUAUCCAGGAUAGUCGGUCUUCUAACGAGGUUUCUGGUGGCGACCAGUUUGAGCGACAAUUCUCGUCCAGCUUUAACGACUCGCGCGGCGGUUCGUCCGGAAACUUUUCAAACCGUGGCCCGCGCGCCGGCGGUGCUUCGAGAUACGAUUCGCGUGGUUCGAGAGGCUACGAACGCGGCUCUGGUCGUGGUGGCGACGGCUACCGUGGCUCGUCCGGCCCUUCACGUUCCGGCUACGGCUCAAGAGGGGACAACGGUCGGUUCAAUGACUGGUCCAGGGACCGGAGCUAA